ACCGAGUUCCCUGGACGAAGGGACGACUAAAUGCAACAAAAUCUUGAGCCUGCCGACAUAGUGCCGCGCCUCACGUCUACGGAUUUACCUGACUUGUUAUACUGUGGUGAAAGGUCGUUAUCUUGGCUGUGCGAAGGCACAAGCGAGUUGAACACAAUCUUGCGCUCGUUGUUGAACACUCGUCAAUGUUACCUUCCAAACCCCAGGGAAUACUAUCAGCAACCGUUCCGGCCACGUCUUCUUUAGACCGUUUACGACGUGAUAGCAGCAUUGUUCCCGAGCCUUCUAUCGCAACUCGCAUUGCUGAACCUAGCGCUCCUGGAAACCCAUGUGGUACCUCUCUUGACGGCGGUAUUUCAGGUGGCGGAGUCUACGAUUUUCGGGCCUAUCCUUCAUCCCAGACACAUUUACCUCCCGAAAACGUUUACGAUUCUAGUUUGGUGCACGGGACAACGUUCAAUGCGAUAGCAUUCGGGGCUUCCUUGGUAGCCGCGGUUCCGCGACGGGAGAGGGCGAUAUUACAGAACCAAUUGGCCACCGCGCGACUCAUGUAUCAUCGGGAGCUCUACCCCCGAAUGUUCACCCAAGAGAGGCACAUCCUCUAGCCAACUGUGCGGAAGUUCUGGCAGUGGCAGCAACGUGCCACCCAGCAUCUCGUCUUUUUCUCAAAACUUGGAUCAGAAACUCCCGACGUCGCAGACCGGUACCGCAUUACAUUCCCAAGGAGUUCUGUCGGGAUUGCCAUCAGAUGUGCCAUCACCUCGUGUGGCAGGGUCCAGUUGCGGAGAUCUGGGACAGGUCCAUUUUUCGCUCAUGGAGGCGUUCGCAAAUGAGGCUCCUGGCAUGACCUUUCGUUCCUGGGAAAGGGAUGAUUUCGAAGAUAUCUACGAAGACAUACCGUUCCUUCGUCGUCAUUGUAUUAUCCCGCUCCCAUCGACGGAUGAUUGUCUGUUAUUGCUAGACGAGAGUGGUCGGUUUUUGAUGUAUAUCCUUGAUAUGUCGGUAGUGUAUCUAGUUGGGAACAAUCUGGAGGAAGGGUGGCGAAGGUUCCUCGAAGGUUCGCAGGGAAGAUGGUCUUUGGUUCUCAACCGAAUGGAUUCGGACACUGGCUGUCUCUUGAACGACGCCGCCGGCAUGAACGUAGGGAUAACAACCCUGGUUUUAACUCCCAGUCAUUAUCCAACGGAUGCCGAGGUUAUGGCUCACGUGGCAGAAAGCAUCCAGGAAAUGCCCUUCGUUUCCGAAAAAACGAUUGCCACCCAGAAAGCAUGUGCCCUUCUGGAGUCCGUCAACCUCCGAGAUUAUGUUACCAUUUCUCUCGCCGUCUCAAACACAGGGUUAGUCGAGAUUUCGGGACUGUGGAAGAAAACAAAUGAUGAAGAACAGGUGCAGAAGCUCUUGCAAACGUAUGGGCAAAAUCGGUUAGGGCUAGUGGGAUUAGAGUAGAUUUAUUCCCAAUAAAGUCACCGUCAACGAAGGUUCAUAAACGCUACGGCAGCUAAUAUAUAGGAAUACACUACAAACUGAUAUGUGGAUA